UUAAAGGGGCCGCGCGCUAUUUCCUUCUGCCAGAUCGCGGGGGGCUGGUGGGGAGAGGCGGGAGGCGACGAGCCCGGCCGAGGCUCAGCAGCCGGCGCCCUCCCCGGACGUUAGGAACACGGACCUCGCCGCCCGCGCGGGUCCCCACCGCCGCCUCCGGAUCUCUGGUCCCGGCUCUUGAGGGGUCACCGAGGUGGCGAGGGGCGCUGCGUCCGCUGCGACGCGCUUCCACCCAUGCUCAGCUGGCAGCCACUGCCCCUUCGGGGCAUCUUAGCGCACAGGCGCCGGCAGGGGGUCGCCCGGUGAGACCGCCUCCUCCCGCGCGAGCUCGGCACGGGCCCCGGAGCAGACGCGACUGGCAGGGGCCCCAGAUGGCUGCAGCCCCGCAGAGAGGGUGGAGCCGCGGGGGCGGCCGCGCCCCCUCCCGCGGGAGCUGCCCGGGAGCGCUGGGAGUUCGGGCUUCUCCAUUGGAGGGACGGACCAGCGAAGCUCCCCUGGAGCCAGCCAGGGGCGGGGGCCGCGGCCGCGGAGACUCGGGCCGGGAAGAGGGGGCGCGCGGGAGAUCCGGGGAGAACCGGCUGCGCCGGGGCCCGAUGCUGCAGGGCGGAGGUGGCCCCAGGAUGGAAGCCGAAGGAGAGGGCGUGCGCCGCAGUGACUCAGGCUCCUGCCCCCGCAGGCCUGGGGGUACCAGACGAGGCCCUCAACGCAGCCCCAGGCCCCUCGCCCGGCCCGCAGAGGCGAAAAAUCAUUGACUGAUCCAGUCUGAGUGCCUAGCCCUGGGCCGGAGAUAUAAAGGUUUAGAAAAACAUAGUACAGGUAUGAUAUCGGGGGUGGGAGGGCAGUGGAUGGGGGGAAGGGAGUUGUCACUUUGCGAGGGGCGAAAGGGAUAAGUAUUGCAUUGUUUUGUACACCUCAAACAAACAAACAAAUAAACAUAGCACAGUCCUGAGGGGGUUCAUCCUCUGUCCUAGGAGAUCUCCGUCUACUGGGUUUGGUGUGGGAAGGGAGCAACAGUGUCAACCAGGGCCAUAUUGUGACUUCCAUAGGCCCUGGGUACUUUUGCCUCCAUGGGCAUCUUCCUCUAUAAAAAGGAAAAAUGAUUUAAUAGAUUUUUGAGGACACUACAAAUUAUUAUAUAUUUUUUCUGAUUUGAGAAAAAUAACACAUUCUCUUUGACCCUUAAAGUUCACUUUUGUCUUCUAAUUUCAAAAUAAAUUCAAAGGUUACCAUGAGCCUCUAAAAGUAGUGUAGGUUCUAGCCGCUGUGUCCCGGUGCCCAGUGUUUAGCAGGCAUAGAUUGCAAUGCAGGGUGGUAAGUACUAAGGGAGAAGCCACCCCACCUAGGAAGACUUCCUAGGGAAGGUAGUCCUGCCAAGUCUUGGAAGACCAGGAGGAGAAAGGAGCAAGGACUUUCCAGGCGGAGGCCAGGAAAGCUCCGGGUGAAGGAAGGUUUCAGGUGGGAGAGGCAGAAGAGGAAGUGGAAAUGAGCAGGAAAAGAGCCUUGGGUGCUGCGCUGAGAGUCCUGAAGGCAAGGGGAGUGCCUGGAGCCCGUGUGCAGACCAUUCAGGAGGCAGCCCUGAGGACACAAGGGAAGAAAGGAGAAGAAAGAAGGGACACUGUUCGAGCAGUCCACACCAUCACGAACGACUUUAAGGCAGCAGCAGCUGGACCCACAAAGAGGAGGCCAAAGAUUCGAGCAGGGUCACAGCACAUCGUGGUGCAAUCUUCACUGCACACAAGGGGUGUUAGAGAGGCAAGGAAGGGGCGAAACACAACCUGUGCUGCCAGCUGAGCCACGCAGUCUGGCGUCUGCCAGGAGGAAAGGACACCUCUUCUCACCAAGGAGCUAUCUGUUAGCCAAACAUGUAUCUGAAAGCUGCUUUCGCCCAGAGGAAGCAUCUUUUCCAAAUGUGCAAGCCCAGAGGGAGCCUCCUUUUAACCACUUUCUAACGAAGGCCCCUGAAAGACUCCCAGACUGAGCCAUAAAAAAGGGUGGAAUCUACAGGGCACGGUACCUGAUUGAAUGUGAUGAUCAGAAAAAGGUCAAGCUAACUCCCAAGUAUCUGGAUUGGAGAGACAGGGAUACAAAAAGAAAAAACAGGUUUAGGGGGUGGAGAAGGAAUGAGGUCACGUGCUGGAAACUUUGGAACCUGUAUCAAACCUAGAACUCCCCAUUUUUGCACUUCGACUCUUCCCCUCCAUUCUCUGACCCAGAUGCUUAGUCUACUGCCUGGCGUCUCCAGCACCAGGGUUUCUAAGGGUGGCUGUUCCCAGACUGCAAAGGCCAGAGUCUCUUGAGGUGGAAUUGCAGCCUUUGUCCCAGUGCUUCAGUGAUUCCCUGGGCAGUCCCUUUAAAAGAAGGGCCUUGCUGAUGUCUAGAAUGGAGGAACUGUGAAUAGUGUUUCUCUAGUAAGCUUUUAGGGCAGUAUAUCCAAAAACCUCACUAGACCCAAAUAUGCCACAAAUUCUGCAAUCUAUUUUCCAAUAUGUCUCAGAACUAAAAAACUAGUUCUGAAAAGUAGCCUUUCAGCAUUCUCCAGAGAGCAGAACAAAAGUUCAAAGAACAAAAGUCAGUUAGCCAUAGAGCCUCUGAAUGUCAAAGGGACUAUGCCUGUAGAUUGUAAAUUAAAUCAUCCCUUGUAAAAUUCCAAAAAAAUUCCAAACCUAAAGAUUGUCUCCAGGCGUAAGUCAAACCUUCAAACUUUGUAUGUGUGUGCUGGGGAGGUGGGAAGAGGGAAGGGAGAGAUUUCAACCCCAGUCACUUAAAUUUGAAAGUAAAGCAGCCAGUAGCAUUUUUUUUUAAAUAAAAGAGAAAACUGGCAAGCUGUUUCCCAGUGUUCAUUUAAUCAAGUGUUCAGAGCAGGUGAAUAGGGCGUGGCAUCCCAAGAGGGACAGUCACAGACGGGAAAAGAGGCAAUUUAUCCAAAAACACAGCUAGUAAUUGGUGAAAAGAAGACCUAACCCCCAGCCUGCCAGUCUCCAAAUCCUUGACACUUAAAAACAGUGUUAAAUUAUAAAAUAUUUCAAGCAUACAGAAAAACCUAUUGUAUAUAUACAAAGGGUGCCAAAAAGAU